UACAGUCACUACAGCAGUGAAAAAACAGUUGUAGAUACAUUCCACCUAGAAGUCCCUUCCCCUUGAACUGAGAACGCGCUUGCUUCUCACUGUAGGAAGCCCCACGCUCUGCCUCUGAAAUCAGACACUGCCACCAUGCAAACCUGCCUGAUCUUCUCCAUUCUCUCUGCUUUGGUUGAUGCAGUGGACCUGCUGGCCUGUGAAGACUGUAGCAGACCGGGGCAGGUCUGUGAUGGAGAGAUGAGGCCUUGCUUCCUGGGUGAAGAUACUUGCGGUAGCAUCCUAGGAGAGACCAAUCUCGGCACGGAGGCAUCUUUGGGCAUCUUGAAGUCCUGUACGGAAUACAGAGCGUGCAAAGCUGGCGUCAGGACUAUGACUGUUGGGGCUCAGGUAACGCUGAGGAGGAGUGCCUUGUGCUGUCAAGGAGAGAGCUGCAGAAAUGAAUCGGUUAUAUUGCCACAAGAAAAUACCGUGCUAAACGGGUUCAGCUGCCCAGCUUGCUAUGUAAAAGAUUCUGAUUCAUGUGUUGCUGAAAGCAUGCUGGUUUGUACUGGAUCAGAGAAUCACUGCAUCUAUGUGACAGGCACGCUGGAGAAAUUGCAAGGCAUUACUGCCACCAGCACAACAUUUGCCGCCAAGGGCUGUGCGACAAAAAGUGCCUGUGAGUCUAGACAGGGAAUGUCUGCAUAUUCCGGUGGUUACUCCUACACCAUCUCCACCAUCAAGGAAUGCUACCCAGCCCCCAUCUCAACUAAUUCAGCCUACGCUCACGACGACUCUUGGAUGGAACCCGUUUCUCUGGACCUCAUCACCAUUUCUGUCAUGUCCACAUUCUACUUCCUGUUCUGCGCCGCCUUUGUAUAGGUGAAGCCAUCGGCUGGCCCGUCUUCUCUGCACUUCUGUUAUAAGGCUAACUUCUGGCCCUUUCACAAACACAGGGCCAUGGGAGAUGCUGGUUUGUGUCACUUAAUCUCCUCCAAGGAAGUCAAGCAACAGAACUGAUAACAAAAUAUCGGGAUAUUAGAAACGAAGGACGAUGUGAGGAUCUCACUGCAGGAAAACGAGUCACAUGAACAAGGACCUUGAGAUCCUCAGGCUGUGAAAUUCUAUUACCUUAAAAGUUUGGAUAAUAUCUCACAUCCUUCCUGGCACAGCCCUGGGACUGCUGGAAGAGCCCUUCUCACCCUCAGCAAUUUUGAUUAUUAAAAUAGGUGGUGCCCCUAAGCUGAGAUAAGAGGCAUGGGUAAGUGAUGGAGGAGGACUAGAAAAGGGAGGGGACACUGGGAAAGCUGGGCAGACAUAGUGGGGAAAGAGGUAGGGGAAAGAGGGACACGCAUCUGCUGAGAGGCAGGGCUGUGUAGUGGUUAGAGUGUCAGACUAGUAACUGGGAGACCAAGGCCGAUUCCAGACAGCCCCCCGCAUCGC